CUCAUAACCAACGAUGUAAGGCUUUCGGCAAACAACCAUCCACAUUGGUCGAUAUAAACUGGCCAACCUUGAAGUUAGCGAAAUUUCGCCCAGUACGGGCACGUUGACACAGAAUUUAGGAUCCUGAAAUUCUAUCAUGGACGAUGAUAGUGCCGAGAUCGAGCUCCUAGAGCAGAACCUCAACAAAACGCACCAGAUCUCACAGCGGAUGACUUCCAUCCUGACAAAUUUCGACACUCGCCUCGUGAAACUCGAGAAGUCUAUCCUACCACUAUACAACUCGACACAGAAACUUAAGCAACGGGCUCAUAAUAUUGAUCGCGCUCUGCUGAAGAUCGACGAGGUUGCUAGUAGUCAAGAUGGCAUCGCCGUGGAAGAAGGACUGGUUUUACGGGGGCCGCAACUUGGUCAACUUGAAGCCUACAUUGAUAUACUUGAACGUCUUAAUGCUGCCAUUGCAUUCAAGUCCUCCGAUGCAGAUUCAAGAGAUAUGGCGCGACUGAUCGAGACCGGUGCGAAGAAGCUUACCCAGUUGUAUACUAAGCUUGUCGCAGAAGGCUCCUCGGGAUCUCCACCAGUUUCAGGUCUUGCGUUCAUGCUCACCGAGUUUCCUCCUUCCUUAAUGUCCUCCCUCACACCCCUUGUCGCCUUCCUCCGUACUCUGCCCCUUCCAUCAACGCAUCCCUCUCACCCCGCUGCUUCAGCUAUUUUAAACACGCUCAAGGAUGCACAGCGAGGGUAUGCAGACAUGCGCGGGAGUUGGAGUCGCAAAGCACUCGAAAUGCAUUCACGACGAGUUGUGGACCGAGCCGAGACUCUAGAUGGCGUGGCUGCUGGGAAGGAGUUUAGCAUCUGGAUAGACAAUUUGCUCAAAGUCACUGAGACAGAAUACACCCUCCUCACCGAACUCGCCCCACUGUCUAGCAACACCCUCAUUGCAUCGACUUAUGAUACACUUCUUACUCCUCUCCUGACCCUCUUCACGGAUACCUUGUCAUCUCUGACAUCCCUCAUAAAGCGCUCGCUGCACAAAUACACGUUCCAUGCGCUCUCUGCGUUUUCUGCUCUAACAAUGUCUCAGAGUCGCUGGGAGUCUGUGCUAGCAAGACGUGGACGCGAGGGAAAUGAGUUACGAGACGGGCUCAAUGCGAUCCGUGGUGUAUGCCUCAGGAGCUUUCCCGAAUUCUUAGCUGAUUUGAAGCUUGCCGCUGCUGGCAAGGGCGGUGACUUGAGUGUCGGCUUAGCGGACAUCACUAUUUCGACCGUGCAGUAUCUGAAUCGCAUCCCCGAUGUCCAGGAUGCUGUCGGGUCUGCAUUGUCUGCGCUCGGGGAUGGGAAUUGGAAAAUGGGUGACGGGAAGCAAGUAGGGAAAACUUCCAAGUCCAACCCUGUAGAGGUAAACGAAAAAGUCCUGAUUCAGCAUUUUGUUUUCGACGUCAUGAAUACUCUCAUCGGGAGCCUUACAACUCUUUCACGCACACAACGCCGGCCUCCCUUCGGUUCUGUGUUCCUCAUUAACAAUGUCUCCCAUCUUGUAUCUCACCUCGUCUUGCGCCCCACGAACCCAAACACACCUUCCUUGCUGUCUAGGCCCACAACAGAUUUCCUCACCUCGUCGUGGCGCACUGCAAAGGCAGGUUACUUUGAUGCCAGCUUCUCACCCCUCAUGCAGACGCUCGCCGACGACGCACGAGAUAAGACAAGCGGCAGUGGUUGGAAGGCGGCAGCGAAGGAGAAGUUUACGCGCUUUUAUGACUUGCUUGAAGAGGUUGGAGAACGACAUCGGAUAGCAAAAGUAUUGGAAGAGGAUCCAGAGGAGAGGAGCGCUGUUGGGGAGGAGGUAGUAAAGCUGGUUCUUCCGUCGUUGCAGCGGUUCAUGCAAAAGCAGAAGGAGAAAGAGUUCAGCAAGAGUGAGCUUCUUACCCUUGUCGUAUGCAAUAAACUAACGCUUCACCAGAUCCUCAAAAGUGUAAGCCAUCCCGUAUUUUUGCGCGAAUCUGCUUCCUUUGACAACGCGUCCCGUAGAUAUCAAGUUGUCUCCUGAGGAA